AUGCCCCAACGUCUCCCACAAACGUUGCUAGCUCUCCUCUCGGCCACUCUCGCGUCAGCGCAGACCACCUUGAACGAGUUAUCCUUCGGCCUUCGGUACCCAAUAUCAACAGACGGCCAUAAAUUACCUGGGUGGCAUCUGAGCAGCGUAAAUCAUGAUAUACAAGUGUUGAGUGAUCGUGUGAUCCUCACACCUCCAGUGCCAGGCAAUGCGAAAGGAGCACUAUGGUCAGAUACAUCUGCGCCCUCAGCAGACUGGACAGCGACGCUCGAAUUCCGAGCCUCAGGACAAGAGACGGGAAGUGGAAAUCUACAAUUAUGGUACGCAAAAGACAGUCGCCCGAUUGGACCACAGAGUGUCUACAAUGUCGAGGAAUUCGACGGCUUGGUGUUGGUGAUCGAUCAAUAUGGAGGCUCUGGCGGCAAGAUUCGGGGAUUUCUCAACGACGGCGACAGAAACUUUCGCGCCUCCGCGUCCCUCGAGUCAUUAGCCUUUGGACAUUGCGAUUACAGUUAUCGUAAUAAGGGGAUACCCAGCAAACUCAAGAUUAGCAACCAGGGGGGCUUGCACGUAACGGUGGAUGAUAAAGCAUGCUUCUCCAGCGACAAGAUUUUUUUGCCAGCUGGCUACUACUUUGGGAUUACUGCUACUACUGGAGAAAAUCCGGAUUCCUUUGAAAUCACCAAAUUCCUCGUCCAGACUGGUGCUCACCAAGCUUCGACGGGACAACCUGUGCAGCAAGAACAAAAGAUGGACGCCUUCCCGGGCGCUCCUGAGGCGGUGCCUGACCGCGCCGCGGAUCAGAUCAAAGGACAAGAAGCGCAAUUCGCAGAUCUCCACAAUCGUCUCCAAUCAAUGUCUCAUCACAUGGGCAACAUGUUUUGGGAAGUCCGAGAACUCGCAAAGCAAAUGGACCAAAAGCACCAAGAGAUCAUGCGAAAAGUCGAGAACAUUGGAGGAAGCAGAGAAACCGGUCUCUCAUCUGUGACCGUGGAUAAAAUCAGCUCGAUGCACGAUCGAUCGAUUUCUAUGGAGACUGAUAUCAAAGCCGUGAGAGAAGAUCUUGAGGGCAAGGAUUUCAAGAAGGCCAUGGAUGAACUGCAUACUGCUUUCAGCUUCCUUCAUCACAAUUUCCAUAAUGAACUGGAACCGAAGUUCGAGAAAGCCAUCAAAGCCCACUCCGCUUCCCUCAACCACUUCCUCCUCGCCGUCUUCAUCGUCCAAGCUGUUUUCGCAGUCCUGUAUAUCUUCUACAAGAAGCGAAAGCACGCCGCGCCUAAGAAGUUCUUGUAA